UAAAUAUGAUAUUUUGGGAAUAAUAGGAGAAGGAGCCUACGGGUUUGUUUACAAAGCAAAAAAUAAAGAAACUGGGAAUUAUGUUGCUAUUUAAAAAGUUCAAAGAUUCAGAUGAAGACAAACUCUUCAAGAAAACUAUUUAUAGGGAAGUAAAGAUGUUGCAAUUGCUAAAGCCAUACACUAAGAACAUCGUCCAGCUCCUGGAAGCCUUCAAGAAGAAGAAAAAGCUGUACCUGGUCUUUGAAUACAUUGACAAAAAUUUACUUGAGGUACUCGAAGACAACCCGAAUGGAAUCGAGCCAGCUGAGCUUAAGUGCUAUAUCUAUCAAAUGGUCAAAGCAUUGUAUUUGACCCACAGGCAUAAUGUUAUCCAUAGAGACAUCAAACCUGAAAAUCUACUUGUUAAUCCAAAAACUAAGCUGCUGAAACUGUGAGAUUUUGGGUUUGCUAGAUAUCUUCCUCAAAAGAAAUCGAGCAAUUUGACAGACUAUGUCGCCACUCGGUGGUACAGAUCUCCAGAAUUACUACUUGGUGACACUGAUUAUGGCAUCGAAGUCGAUUUCUGGGCAAUCGGAUGUAUAAUGGGUGAACUAUGCGAUGGUCAGCCAUUAUUCCCAGGAGACACUGAAAUUGACCAGCUAUUUUUGAUCCAAAAAGUUCUUGGAGAACUCACUCCCGAACAGAAUGAAAUGUUUUUGAAAAAUCCGAGAUUCAUUGGCUUGAAAUUUCCUGAUAUUCAAAAGAUAGAGACUCUUGAGAAAAAGUAUGUUGGCAAAAUGUCUAAAAAGGCAUUGUCUUUUAUGAAUGCUUGCUUGGCAAUGGAUCCCAAGGAUAGGUUAGUAGGCUUAAAAGCUUUGACCCAUCCAUAUUUUGACGAUAUCAGAUUCAAAGAUAGCGAGUUUUAUAAAAUCACAGAGGGCGAAGACCUCACAGAAGUUGAGAAUAGAGAAGCCACAAGGCCAAUUCAAUCUUCUCAAGGUGUAACUGAUAAAAUCUCCCGUCCUUCUUUUGACGGUAAGCAUAGAAUGGCCAACUCUAGGGCUGGCAUUACUGCUUAUUCUGGUUUUGAGCUAUCCAAAACAGAAUUUCCCUUUAAAAGGAAGACUAAGAAGACCAAGAAAACUAAGAAAUUAGAUGCUAUUUACGGAAAGAAAUCUCUAUAUGACCUUAAAAAUGUAUCUGUUGCCCAGUUCACUGAAAAAGCAAGCAGCUUUGGAAAGCACAAAUACUCAAAUGGGGCUCUAAGGAACAAGGAUUUUAUCAACAUUUAUGGGAACAAUGAGAUGUCUAACACUCAGUACACCAGCAGAAAUGAUGAAUCGAAUAUGAGUAACUCAUUUAUCAAUCCCAAAAAGCCUGGACAGUUGUACAAAGGUAUCCAGAAUAGUAAAUCUACAGCUGCAGGGGCUUUUCCAACUCAGAAAUUGAACGAGAGCCAUGAGUAUAACUAUGAUAUUUCUACCCCGCUUGGAAACUCUAUUAUGAAGUCUUCUCCUUUCAAGCCUGAUUUGUUAGCCAACAACAUGAAUAGUCCGGAUAGUAAGGAAAAAUAUCAGAAUAACAUCAUCGUAGAAGACGAGAAAGAAGUUAACUAUAGCAGCAGUAAUUACAGUUCUAAAAAGACUGGUAGGUCUCCUGACAAUGAAGGAAACCCUGAUAAAAUAAAUCCUGAACCUGUUCACCAAACUAGCAAUGUAGGAAAAGAUGCCUCCUUCUCGAAAGAUCUCAUCAUGCAAAUGAAGGAGAAGAUCAAACUGAAGCAAAGGAAUGGUGGUGACUCCUCAAAGAUCUUGGUCUUAGGAGCUUCUAAUGUCGAAGAGAACUAUAAGGAUACUGAGUACAUGGAUCUUGGUGGUAACCCCAGACAUCAUGUAUCCUCUUUCAAUAAUACCAAGCAUUCUAAGAAAGUUAGCAGUCUUGGAAGGUCACCACAUAAGAAGAAACACAAAAUUGUGAAGAAAAUUCCAUUUAAACAAGGGAUUCCAAAGCAUAGUCUUUAUAACAGAAGCAUGUAUGGUCACGACUCUUCCAAUACAUUGAGUAGGCUGACAAGAGAUUCCUUCCACAAGAAGACAAAUAAGAAAGAAAUAGUGUUGGCAGAUUCAGGGUCCUACAUAUCAACUGCCAUUAACCCAUUAAACACAAAGAAUAUGAACUUAGAGCAGAAGAUGCAUCUAAUGCAAAGAGAGUCUGCUAGCAGAGGCUCUUUAGGGAAACCUCCUGGUACAAGUGGAGGCAGGAUCCCUACCAAAUUCGGUCUUGACGACCUACCACCAAGGAGAUACCUUCCUAAAUUAAAAGGACUUAAGCCAGAAUCUGAAAGAAGUGAGUAUGUCUCAAGUCAUCGCAAGGAUGAUGAAACCGUGCAGAAAACUCUCAAAAGAACUCAACCAAACCAAGGAUUCUCAAGAGGAAGUAGAAGAGACAAGAGAAAGCAAUUUGCUAUUUUCCCUGAGGGAUUUGACCCUCACGAAGAACUUGACGGUUAGAAAUCCAAGA